AGAAUGUCUGGCAGCCCAUUCGGCCAGAACCAUAACAAAGUCAGCUGUUUCUAAAACUUUUCCGGGGAUCGUUGCGUUUAUUUUGUAAUGCAUUAUUCAAUAAUCCGGAGACUUUCCACGCAGCCUAAGUUGGCCAAUAUCCCAAAGCGCAAAUGGAAAAGUGUUGUGGGUUUGGAAGUGCAUGCUCAAAUAGCAAGUGCCUCAAAACUUUUCUCGGGCAGCGGCACCUCUUUUGGAGCUCCACUCAACAGCUCUGUGGCGUUUUUCGAUGCCUCCAUACCGGGAACUCUGCCGGUGCUUAAUAGAAAGUGUGUGGAGUCUGGAAUAAAGACGGCUCUGGCUCUUGGAUGUCGGGUAAAUGAAGUUUCCAUGUUUGACCGAAAGCAUUACUUCUAUGCUGAUUUGCCGAAUGGGUAUCAAAUCACACAGCAGCGAGCUGCCCUGGCUAACAACGGAAGUAUGACUUUUCCAGUAAUAACGCCAGGAAAAAAAGUCUACUAUAAGACUGUUAAACUUCUACAACUCCAGCUGGAACAGGACAGCGGGAAAUCCCUACACGACGAUCAGCUUAAGAGAAGUUUGGUGGAUCUAAAUCGUGCCGGAUUGCCACUGAUGGAACUUGUAUUCGCACCAGAUCUUGAAACUGGUGAAGAGGCGGCUUCUUUGGUAAAAGAACUAAUCCUUAUUCUUAGGCGUCUGCAGACCUGCAGCUGCAAAAUGGAGGAGGGUGCCUUGCGAGUGGAUGCAAACAUAUCAAUCCACCAGGAAGGCGAUCCAUUGGGAGUCCGCACCGAAGUCAAAAAUAUUGGAUCUGUACGCAGCAUUUCUCAAGCCAUAACUUAUGAGAUAAACCGUCAGCUGGAAACUGUAGCCGAAGGUGGUGUAAUUACCAAUGAAACGAGAUCUUGGGAUGCGGAAAAUCGUCGCACAGUUGCCAUGCGAGACAAGGAGGUACUGCAGGACUACAGGUUUAUGCCAGAACCCAAUCUGCCACCCCUGCACGUAAACCUGAAGCCUGGUUCCCAGUCAACCGAAGACUUGGUCUCCGUAGCUGCUUUGAGUAUAGAAAUUCCGGAAUUACCAGAAGAUACCAGACAGCGAUUAGUGGAACAGUACAGUCUGAAGCCUGAAACGGCUAUUAUUUUAGUGAAUGAACCCAUUUUGUUGGAUCACUUUUUGAGCAUCAAUCGCAGCCUCAGUGAAGUGCCUGCCAAAGUUGUCUUUAAUUUUCUUAUUAACGAUUUUCUCACCUACUGCAAUAAGAUGAACUUGAACGUAGAGGAUUGUUCCAUAAAUGCUGAAGAUUUAAAAGACAUUUUGAAGAAUCUACACGAGGAAAAAAUUAAUCUGCAAGCUGCGCGUCAACUAAUUGAAUUGCUACACAAUAAUCCAAAUGUUAAAGUUCAGGAGCUGGUUGACCUCCACAAUCUGCAGCAGAUCAGCAAUUUAGAAGAAAUAGAGGAUCUUUGUCAACAAGCUAUUUCGAAGCAACCCAAGGCAGUGCAGCAAUACCAAAAGGGAAAAUCAAAAGCCCUAUUUGCCAUUGUAGGAGAGGUGGCCAAAUUGUCGGCGCAAAAAGCCAACAUGAAGAUUGUUGUCGAGUGUCUGGAAAAACUCCUGAAACCCCCCAAAAAGUAAACUCUUCGGAUUAUGUUGUGUUCAUUAGACGUGUAGUUCUCUUGUAUAUAUUUUUAUAAAACAUGCAGUCGUAGGUCUGCACUGUAUAUAGGAUUAAAUAUAUUGCUAAGGAUUAAAUA